AUGCUGACUGAAGAAUUCGGAGUUGAGAGGACAUUAUGCGGUGGUAUUUCAUACGGAUCGAGUGGUCGUUGGCUGGAAAGUUACGUUUGUCCAGGUAAAAGGCAUAACCCACUUCAAAAUCACUGCUGUGACAAUCCACCCAAAUUUGGAUGCUGUCGAGAGGCAACUGUCUUCGAGCAAAACAAAACUGCAAUUGUUAGUGUUUCGUUGAUCGCAAUUCUCAUUCUAAUCACCGCUACAUUGGCGAUUUGUUCGUGUUGGGAGAAGUGCAUUUUGCAUAAGGUAAUUCGACGAAAACCACGACUCGACUAUAUUGCUCGACCCGAAGAGAUGAAUCGUUUGUAUUGUGUGAAUGUACCGAUUGAACGCUCGGAUCGAGUCAAAGCGUACGAACUGAAUGAAGCUGUUGUAUAUCGACAGAAUAAAGAUGCUUUUUGCUUUUCAAUACCGAUAUUGUAUCGGUAUCAAGAAACGAUACCGGCCGGCAUUAACACCGGUCUCGACAUUGAGAAAAUGGUCGAUAUUUUGCAAACACCAAUCUUAAGCCCUCCUCCUAUGAGAAAUCCGAUCCUCUAA